AUGGAACAAGUGCGGCAGCAGCGGGGUCAGGAUAAACUGGACCAUAAGCUGCAGCUCUGGGAGAGGGCCAAAGGGGGGGAUCGGCAAGCCAUCUCGUUUCUGCGUCGUAGUGCUGCGGGGGCCUCCUAUGAAGGAGGCUAUAUAGCUGCCCGGGGAGGGGCUGAUGCCGCAGCAGAAGAGCUUCAAGAGUUCUACCGACGUAAGUAUGCCCGACAAGAACCUGCUCCCCCCCCCGCCUCAAAGGUUGCGGCGCUCUCAGUCACCCCAGAUGUUCGGUUGCCGGACCCUAUUACUCAAGAGGACUUGGUUGCUUGCAUACAGGGCAUGAAACGCCGCACCAGCUGCGGCUUGGAUGGAGUGUCGUACGAGGCUCUCCUGUCCAUAGUAGUUGCGGACCCUCACCAACGUUUGCCUAGGUACCUCACAGACAUAUUGCACGGAACCAGGCCGCUUCCUCGGACGUGGUCGCAGGGCAAAGUCACGCUCAUGCCCAAGAUCAAAUCCCCCCAGGGGCCCAAAGAUCUUCGCCCAAUUUGUUUGACCCCCUGUCUGGGAAAGAUUUUUGGGAAGCUGCUCAUGCGUCGUGUCAGCUCCAAGGCCCCACCGUACCGGGCAGGGCAGAUGGGGUGCCGGGCGGGGUCGCAAGCUCUGGACGGUGUGGCUGCUGCCCAUAUUGUGCUGCAGCAACUUCGCGCGCGGGGACGGGCGGGGCCCUGCGUUGCGAAACUAGAUAUCCAGGCCGCGUUUGAUUCCAUCUCGCACCACGCGGUUCUGAAUUGGCUUCUCUUGGGUGAGGCCUCGCGAGAAAAAGAGCUGCUGUGGCAGCUUAUCAGCACCUCGGGGGUGCAGAUGGGCAUAGGCCAUAGGAGGUGGAAGCAUGAACUUGGCCGGGGCCUCUUGCAGGGAACCACAUUCAGUGCAGACAUCUUUUCCAGGGUGCUCGACUGGUAUAUGGGGGGCUUGCUUGUUCAGUGGGGACGGAAGUAUGAGGACUGGACUACGCGAGUUGGCCGUUUGUGUCAUCUGCUUCUAUAUGCGGAUGACCUUCUAAUUUUUGCAGACACCCCGCAAGAUCUUCAGGCCAAGGUUCAGGAUGUGGUGGACUGCUUGAGUGCCAUAGGCCUGCAGCCCAAUCUUUCCAAGUCCAAGGUCUUGGCAGCUCCGGGGGGGGGAGCGGCGCCGGCUGUAUGGUUGCGAGGUCAGGUGACCCCUCUGCCGGCCGAGGAACAUAUGCUGUAUUUGGGAGUGCCCAUGUCAUGCUGUCGCAUGUCCUGCGGAAGACGUCUCACACGUACCAUGCUUUUCGAUCUCUGCUACGAUCCCCGCACACCCCAACGCGCGAAGCUUCUUCUGUUUGACGCCUAUAUCUCAGCCAAGUGGCUCUGGGCCGCGCCGGUCAUGUGGCCAACCCAGCGGCUGCUUCGCAGGGUGGCAGCUCUGCAGAAUACCUUCUUGAUGGGCCCGCUGGGUCUGGCAUGCGACUACACUCUAGGCUGGCUAGCGGAUGAGAUGGUGCGCCGACGGGCUGUCAAGGAAACCUGCCUGCGUUUGCAGGGGACGGACUGGGCGCGCACUUGGGUUCUUCGCCUUUGGGGGUACUGGGGGCACGUCAGCCGUAGCACACAGGACCUUCCGAUAGUGCAUAUGUUUCGCACAUGCCAUUUUGCGGCGGUCGCCACAGGUUCGGUGCGGGCAUCUUGGGUACAGGAGACCAUCCCCAGAAAGUUGCAAAGGGCGUACGGAGGCUUUCGGAGGGCGAGCUGGGCGCAUGCCUGGGAGCUGCUGGCGUUCCGGCGGUCCGAGUGGACAGCGGCGGCGGAGAUCUGGGCACAUUGGUGGGUGCCUCGAAAACCCAGGGAUCACCCCGACAGCUUCGCUUAUAGGCAACUAGUCGUAGUACAAGAUGGUGUGGUUUCUCUCCGCCCCUCCAGGUCUCCCCCGGAAGAACCCUACCGACGGACAACGAUCCAUGUCUCUCGGUACAACCACGCUGAGGGGGAGCAAGGCUGGGUGCUCUGGGUGUCGGAGCAGGCUGGAGUAGUGACGGUCGACAUAGCCCCUCCUAAAGCUCCCCUGUCACAGCACACAUGGAUGCAAGCAAAUCAGCCAGCUCGCUCCUCAGCCAUGCACACGCAAGUAGACAAGUGGGCCUUUGUGUACAAGUGCCGGCAGACCCUGCAUUAUGCCACGGAUGUCACUGUGGUUGUGCCAUCCGCGUGGUUCAUGCGCUGUAUGCUGCAGCAGACGGCGUCCUUGGUGGACUGGACUCAUGUCAUGCAUUUUGCUAGGCUAGACACACAAGUGCCGCGGCUUCUGGAGGAAUGUCGUACGUACCCCAAGAAGAUCCCGAAGGUCUUCCAAGCAGCACUGACGUGCGGCCCUCAAACCUUCCCCGCAGGCAUGAACCACUUGCUACGUGACCCGUCGGGCCUCAACGCUCAGUUCUUCCGGUAG